AUGUCUAUAGAAAAGAGGGAAGUCGGUGCAUGGCUUCCAUGCCCGGUGACUUCAUCUUCCAAUCUGUCUGAAAUUGAACUUUCCACUCUCUCGCCGCCUAUGGUUUACCCCUUCUCAAAGCAAGAAGCUAAGCAUAUUUCUUGGGAAAAUAGAGGGAACCUCGUUACCAUUGUUGGUCCCGUUGGCAGCGGUAAGUCAACCUUCUUGAAAGGUCUUGCCAGUGAGGCCCCUUUACUGGCUGGUAGUCUCUCUAUCAGCCAUCCAGACAUUGCAUUCUGCGAGCAAACGCCGUGGCUUGCCAAUGCAUCAAUCCGGGAAAAUAUUGUCGACGAUCAACCUCCAUCAUCGAUUGACGAAGACUGGUAUCGUACAGUCGUGAAAGCAUGUUCGCUCAACUUGAAUCUCAGAAGAACGCCAGCUGGAGAUCAUACGCUUGUGGGUAGCAAGGGAGCGAGACUGAGUGGAGGACAGAGACAAAGAAUAGCCAUUGCACGAGCUCUCUAUUCUCGCAAACGGCUUGCUUGCUUCGAUGACGUCCUUAGUAGUCUUGACAAUAUCACUUCUCGACAGGUGCUCAGUAAUACGUUCGGUCCGAAUGGUCUGCUACGCCAGCUGGGCUGUACGGUCUUCCUGGCUACCCACAGUAAUUACAUCAUAGUUCUAGGUAACAAUGGUGAGAUUAGUGAACAAGGCAUAUAUCCGGAUCUUCGAGGCCGCAGUGGAGGGUACAUUCUGAAGCUCGAUCUGCAAACAAGGAAGAUAGAUGAAUUCAAAGCAGCUCACCCUCAUGUUCAGCAGGAAGAACCCAUGUCAGCUGCAGGCUCUGUGACCGGCCCAAGUUCUCCUGUCAGCGAUCGACAAUUGAACGACAAGUCUGUGUGCAGAAUUUACUUCUCUAGUCUGGGAUGGAUGCGGAUUGCUGUCUUCCUGCUUCUCUUGAUCGUCGAAGCAGCCAUUGGCGGAUUUAUGUACAUCUGGGUAGAGCGUUGGUCUGCCAGCAACGACAGUGCUUCAGGCUUGCACUUGGGAUACUGGCUCGGCGUGUACGCAGCAUUGACUGCCGUCAAAGCGAGCGCCCUUGCACUUGCAAUCUUUCAUCUCCAAUAUACUGUACUCCGCGCUUGCAUAAAAUGGAGCGAGGUUGUGAUUGACAUGACAAAUGUAGAGCACUUCAGUGCCCUCGCCCAAGGCGCCAUUACCAUCGCUUCCCUGCCGUUAAUCUCGCUGCAGCUCUGCCAUUGCUCAUCGUGCUGCUGGGUCUUACUCCAACGAUUUUACCUGCGCACGUCUCGUCAAUUGAGGCUAUUAGAAUGA